AUGAGUGUCGCGCUGACGGCAACGGCUCCUCCCGUCGUCAUCGACUUGACCAUCGACACGCCGACAACAUUUGGGCCUCUGCCGCCGCCCUGCAACCAUGCUGGCCCUACGCAGUCGCUUCAACUGACUUCGGAACAGCCGCCUGCCAAGAAACGACGCUUAGCGAGUGACAGCCCAGCGGCGGGGGAUCUCAAGACAUGUGUGCGGGAGCACCUUCUUCCCCACGUGCAAAAAGCAGUCGAUGAGCUGUCAUCAGAUGUCUAUCUCGUGGACAGUAUUGCAAUCCAGGCCGUCACUAGCUUGCUCCGGAGCACAAACUUUCCAGAAAGAGUGCAACUUAGUAAUGGUCUACUUGCUGCGGAGGACACCGCGCAUAUAGAGGGCUUGGCUACCAAAGUUGUCCAGCAACUAGCGAGUCUUCCGGAAUACCAAGUCCUAGAACCCCGCUCGACCAAGGAGGCGGCCAUAUUGCCGGCACGGGAAGCACCCAAUCCCACGCUGCUAUCACGACACAAGGUUAUCCAGCCUCUCGAGUUUGCUCAGCCGGCUUCCAAUUCCUGUACAGGCCCGACCCCGGUUCCUAGACCGAGAACUCGACCGCGAUACGUUGCACCAAAGACUAGUCACAGCCUGCCAACUCCUAGUAAGUGGCUACAGCUGCGGCGGCGGCCUUACCUUCAACACUCGGCCCGUCAAGAUAUUGCCCAGGGGGUGAAGCAUCGCGUCCACGUAGCACGUGACAAGGUGCAGUUUCCGGCCGUGUAUCAUGCCGACUUUUCCUCGCUUGAGAUCGCAGAGAUUAUGAAACUCGUCGGACAGCACCUUUCAAAGCCUAUUCCAUGGACGAGGGAAGGUCUAGUGCAGAGCUUACGACACCUCGAUGUUCCCCAAAUCGUCGGUAACUCAGUGAGCGGACGGACAAAAUAUGACGUAUACAAUUUGUGCUCCGACCUCUCUGCCGGUAAAGCCAGCCAUCCAGACGAUUUACGGGUGCUGUCUCUAGAGGAAGCCAGCCCCGAGAGAAGAGCACGGAACCGACGCGCCAACCACUUGCCCGCCUUAAUUCUGGCUCGAGAGUUGGAGGGAAACAUUGGCUUUGGUAGAAUGAGACGGUAUGAGAACUUCCAAAGUGGGUUUCAAACAUACCACGAAGACGGCCUUUCACUCGUCGCCGAGUUUACCAACUGUGCGGGAGACAUUUCUGCCAUGUCCUGGGUACCAGAUGGUAAUAUUGUAUGUGGUACCACGGCACACUCGGACGCACACAACCAGCAGUACAACAAGCCUGGCAAUCUGUUACUUUGCUCCACAACAAAGGGCACGCUUCGUGCCUUUCCAGACCAUCGAAUACCACGGCCAAUUGUGGAAAAGGGGGAAAAUUCGACGGAGGCCAUGCGUCAGAGCCAAGACCCCUGGCUGUACUCGUCUGUCGUGUCGACCGACUACGAUGACAAGAAUGGUAGAGCCUUCACCUCGAGCUUUGACAAGACCGUCAAGGUCUGGAGUGUAGAUGAGGAUGGGACUUGCAUGAAAGCCACAGCGACUUGGCACCACCAAGGCAACGUCAAUUUCGUCGUCGCCGCCAAGGACGGGUCUGGGCGAGUGGCCACGGCUGCAGAUGUCCCCAGUCAAGCCAUUCGCGUUUAUACGGUCGAUCCAAGCAAUGUACAAGAGAGUGGUUACUACACCAUAUCCUGCACUCGAACCGACGCGGACGGAUCAGACAAAUGGGCCUAUUGCCCUGCUACAAUGCAAUGGGGGCGAACGCCUGGGACACACCAUCUGCUGGCCAUAGGCUACUCCCCUCGCAGCUUCAGCGGCGACGAUGCCAACAUUCCAGAAGACAAGGCUCACAGUGGUGAGAUUGUACUAUGGGACGCCGAGCGGAGAUGUCAAGUACCUGUCCUGACUGUCACGACGGCAAACGUUUUCGAACUCGUGUGGCAUCCUUCCCUCCCAGUCUUCGUCGUUGCCACGUCGCCGUCGGGACUUAUUGUCGAGCAAGGCGUACGGACACAUGUCCACAUCUUUCAACUGGACAGGGAGCGCAAGGAUGGUGCGUACAGCGAGUUUCAAAAACUUGAUUGCUACGGUUCCGAUAUCAACGAGCUUACCAUCAUGCCAAACUCUUUGCGCCACUCCUACAUCUCAGCAGCCUGCACAGAUGGGCGCGUAUACAUCUGGGACACAGCGCAGGGCGAUCUGCCCAUCCACAUCCUCAAGCACGGGGAACCCCUGGGCCCCGUCAUCUUUGACCGAGAAAGGGAAGACGAAGGCGUCAAGUUUACCGCCUGGGGAGCAACCCCGGACCGCUUCUACACCGGUUCAAGUGACGGCGUCGUCAAAGUAUGGAACGUGCGGCGCAAGCGCAGUCCGUUUGUCAGGAAUCUCCUCGAGGCUCCCGGCCCCAUAACGUGCGGCGUCUUUUCACCAAACCACACCAAGCUCGUCGUCGGCGACGCAACGGGCCGUGUCUUUUUCUUCUCAGUAGACCAUCGUGACGAGCUAGACUCGCACUUCAUCACAAUCCCGGGCACGAACCGUCGCGUCCGCCGUCCAAAACCGUUCAUCCCCCACCCGGAACCCGAGCCUCCAGCGACGUCCUCCUGUUCCUCGUCUCCGCUUUCCGUUCCUACCCCGUCAGAUUCGUCCAUUGCAGAGUACUCGCGACACCGAUACCUGUCCUCAAACAGUCUCGUUCUCCAUCGAAACCCAGUCAUCGGCGCCGUCCAAGGCCCAGCAUAUCCCUCGACGGGACUCUUCCGCCCGGACGCCCACGCCCACUUCGACCCCCUAGGUCCUUUGCUCCCCGAAUUCGAGAGGAAUCAACGCGCGACGGUAGACGCAAGUCUCGGUCCCCGCACGAGGUCUUUCCGCAGGUUGAAAGGACCGCCUGUCCAAACUUGGGCUGAAAAAACGCUUCAUGAUGAGAACGUGGCCCGGGACUUUGACCCACGUUCCCUGGACAACUGGUCUUUUUGCCAGCUGGUCAAUCUCCGGGUCAGGCUCAAUAUGGAUGGAGAUGAGGGGUGGGAGUUUGAGUAUGAGGAUAUGCCCGCGGACGCGGAUUGA